AUGGCGUCCGACCACCUUACAUUCACUGGCUACAAAAGAAGAUUCGAUGAUAGAUCAACAACCAAGACCAGUUUGGCACUACGAUCAUAUCGAAGUAGUAUCAACUUGCGACAACAACGAAGCGAGUCACCGCAAGUGAGUAAGUUAUUCAAGUGGUCAGAGUUGUCUGAAAUUAACAAUAUGGCCACGUCGCUAAACUUUGAGAGUACAUAUGGAAAGGUCAUUCAAGUAAAGUCCAAUGCUAUAUACAUUGCACUAGGAACUACGAGUGGGAAAAUCGUAAUCUUUAACUACAACCAAGAUGUUCAAUUUACCCUAGACUGCCCAGAACAGGGAGAUAUAUCCUACAUGACAUUUGCUUCAGACUCGUCGUUUUUUGCAGCUGGAUUCAGAGAUGGCGCAAUUAGACUAUGGGAAUUAAAAUCGGAAUUAGCCAAGCCGUAUUUCACCAUCUAUCCCAACUCUAAAGACGGACAUCCAAUGAAUCACAACAUCACCUUUGUAGCAUUUGUCGAACUGCAAACUCAUAAUCUCAUAAGUAUAGAUGAUUCUGGCUUGGUUAUAAAGCACAAUGGAGUUCGCAAGUUGCGUAACGUAUACUUUUUCAGUGAAAGAUUAUUCACCAUGGAGGGUAAGAUUCAAAGCUCGAGGAUGUUACCAAUAGGUUCCUCGCAUCAGGUGACCGAUGGAAUGGGUGUUCUUACGUUGAUGACGCGUGAUGUUCUUUCGAUACACUCAACCACAUCGUUGAACGAUCCAGCAUUGUCACAUUUGACGACACAGUAUAAGAUCGGGGUCAAAAAUUCAGGAAAUGUCACUGCAUUAUCAUGGUUUCCAUGUGUUAAAACCUUGAAUGGGGUUAGUAAUGCCAAACUCGCCUACAGCUGGAAUAACGUGUUGGGGAUAUUGGAGUUGAACAAUAAAGUUUUCCCAUCAAACUUUUUACAAGUGGUCAAUGAUGCCAAGGAUAAAGAUAAGGUUGUACCAAAAUUGCCAUUCAUCAAGACGACAAAAAGGAACCUUGAGGGGAAUGUAAGCGAAAUCAAAUGGAUACAGUCUGAUGUGGUUUGUGUUUUCACAGGUGAAAAGAUGACGACAUUCUAUUACGACGGAGGUUCACUUGAUAUUAUUGGAGAGGAUGAAUUGAGAGGGUAUCAGCAAGUGAGUUCAGCUAAACGAUGCUUUAUACUACUAGACGAGCAAAAGCUUUUCCUUGGACGGCAAUUAAGCUGGGCCGAUAUUCUUUUGGAGAAAAUCUCGACCUCAAACUAUUUUGAAGCAUUGGAAAUAGCUGACGAAUAUUACAAUACCAAUUCAGAAGGCAAGUUAGUGGCCGUUGGAUUACCAGUCGAUAAGACUAAGAGAUCUACAUUGGUGCGGCCCUAUUUGAUUGAAAUUAUGAAGGAGUCGUUACUGCAUUUGCAAUCGAUCGACCCUGCAAAGUAUUUGGAAAAGUAUUUGUCUAUCAUUGCUUAUGUUGGGUAUACGGACAUUUUGGAGGAGUUGCUUCUCAUUGUUGACAAUGAUCGAGUCUACUUCCAAACUUUGGAGCCAUUUAUUUUAUCAGAGUCACUAUUAGUCCUACCACCAGUAGUAUUGAAACGGUUGGUGGAGUAUUACGCAUCCAAUGGUGACCUUUUGACAGAUAUCCUAUGCACGUUGGAUAUAAAAAGCCUCGACAUUGAUUUGACGAUCCAGUUGUGUAAAAAGUAUGAUUUGCGCGAAUGCUUGAUUUACAUCUGGAACUAUCUUUUAGGUGAUUACGAAACACCCUUGUUGGAUUUUAUAAAAGACUUUGUGGAUCCUCAACUUGCUCAUUCUGAAAAUGCAUUCAAAGCAUAUACCUACAUAUCGUUUAUCUUAACGAGUAGACAAUAUCCAACCGACAAAUUUAUUGCCGAUGAAGAGCCAAUACAGACCAUUUGUGACAUUUUGUUCUCAAGUGGACCCAUUACCCGCAAUGGCAAACUAAUUCACGCUCUUGAUGAUGACACUAUAUUCCCAUAUUUAUACACUUUUCUCAAACAGGACUCGUUCCAGUUGCUUUCGGCCAUGAAUGAAUUUUUUGAGUCGUCGUUUCUCAAUGAAAACACGAGGAUUAGUAGACAGUUUUUGGUUGAUGCGUUUUUGGAUUUGUAUGAGGCAAAUGAAUUUUCUCCAUAUGACGGAUGUCAGCUCUCGAUAUUUAUUGCUAGGAAUUACCCCAAAUAUCCUCAGUUUAUCAGACUUGCAGAAUCUACAUUGGAUACCGUAAUAGACCGGUUGUGCUCCAACAAGGACCCUGAAAUUGCUCAGGAUUGUGAGUUGGCAUUACAGAGCCUCACUUCGCAGUACUUACCCGAAGACGAUCACUUUGUUGAAAAAUUACAGAUGGGAGGUUUUUACAACGUAUUGGUUAAGCUAUACAUAUCGGAGCAAAAGUAUGCAAAUGCAUUGGAACUGUUGUUGUUGAAAGAUGUAAAUGAAGAAGGAUUCAUGUCGGAAUUUCAAGCUAUAGUUGUGGAUGCAUUCACCAAGAGUAAAGAUGUUAACGAGAAAAUCAACUUUGUGCGAGUGUUGAAGGCAAACUUUGCCAAGCUUGUUUUAGUAGAUAUUGACACCUCCUUUGCAUCGAUUCAGCGGUUUGCGCCUCAUCUUCACAAGGAGAUACUAAAUGUGAGUGACGAUGCGGUAAAAUAUCGCUACUUGUCUAAGCUAUUUGAGGCAGGGCCCAACUCCAAUCAGUUGCUUUACGAAUAUAUCCGAUUGUGUAUUGAAUUUGAUAAAAGUUCAGUGAUUGACAUUGUCAAGAGAUUCAAGAUCAAUGGGGACGACAACAUUUUGACUCUUUUGAAGGAGAAUGACAUUACUGACGGCCAGGCGAUUAUACUAUCUCAACAACACAAGUUUGAAGACGCGGUGCUGGUCAUCAUUGAGCGUUUGAAACUGGAGAAAGAUAUGGCAUCCAAAGAUGAAUGUGAAUCCUAUGUGGAUCUUGCUUGUACGAUUUGCGAGGAUCCGGCAACAUACAAAACAACCGCCGAUGGAAUAACAGUGAAUGAGAAGUUGUGGUUGAGAUUGAUUACGUCUUUAGUUGACCUUGCAAAUGCAGCAGCACCUCCCACCCACGACUUUUUCAAUGGUUGCAUUCAAGAUUGCUUUCGAAAGAUUAGUGAUUACAAGCUCUCAAGCUCGAAAGAUGAGCAGUCAUUCUCGACUAUAUUUACCAAGUUUUUACAAAAUUAUUCCAAUGAUGAUGCCAAUGUUGCCAAGUUGUCCAAUAUAAGAGGAAUAUUGCAAGAGGUAUUUAUUUCCUACUCCGACUUUAAUAAAGCUAUGGUUGUGACAAGGAGUAAACUACACAAGACGAGUCAUUCACACGAUAAUGGCAUUUUAAACAAUCCAGAUGAUGUGUCGUCGGAGAAUAUUCUUGGUUACGACGACACCUAUGCUAAACCUCAUGAAGCCAAACGUAGAAAGAAGAUUACAUUUGACGAGGAUGGAGAGAGUAUAGCUAAUGAGGAGUUGGAGGAGAUUGAAGAUCAAGAUGUUCUUGGUGAAUUGGAGGGGGAGGAUGAGAAUGAGGAUGAGAAUGAGGAGGAAGACUCAGACUCAGAUGAGGCACCAGAAGAGGAAUCUACUAGUUCUGCGAAGGAGCAACUCAUAGCAAAACAGAAGCAAGAGAAACAACGACAAGCUGAGUUGGAAAAACAAGCCAAACAACGAAGGAAAUUGCAGGACGAGCGUUUUAAACAGCAACAAUUGGACAAGAAACAGAAGGAAUUGGCCAAAAAGCAAAACUUCAUCGAUGAAAAGAAUAAAUUGCCAGAAUUUUUACCCGAUGACAUUGAAUCAAUAAUUCAGAAACCUAGUGCUGUGGAAGUGAGACCCAAACACAUCAGGCUCGAUGAUGCAUCCACUGGCAUUCAUUUGCUGAAGAAGCAACAAAUUGAACAGAGAUUGCGUGAGUUGAAAAAGAGCAAAACUAAUGGGGUCAAGAAAGGUCCUGUUUAUGUGAAGACGCAAACUUUUGGUGCGGCGAUUAAAGUUGUGCCUCGAGGAGAAGGCAAAGUUUUGAAGAAUAAACAAAAAUGGUUGAAUCGGAAGUCAAUCAUUAGGAAGUAA